AUGGACGAAGAGACGAAAAUUCGAAUGAUAUUCGCUUUGAGCGCUCCGAUCGACAGUGGUUUUCUUGUUAAAAUUAAGGAAUCUGAUGACGUUCAAACAGAUCAUGCACGGAGAACUACUGAAUACACAACGAAAGAAGGCGGUUUCGAAUUGAAAGGAACUUAUCUGUGGCCACAUUGUUUGAGUCAAGAAAGAGAGAAGAGAACGCUGGAGUUUCUGGCAAGAAAAUCAAUGACGACCGAUUUGACUGCAUUUAUAACAGAUUUCCAAAAUUACACUCAGACAUCAGUCUCACUCUUGACAUUAGAGCAAGAUAUCGGACCAUCAAAAGACAUUUGCAUUCGUCUUCCAGCAACCACGCCCGUUCCACAGACACCAAAAAAUCAACGGACUGGACAAACGCCAAUCAAAACGACAAAGGAAUAA